UACAUUUAUUCUUCUUAAAGACUACAUUAAGUAAUAACCGAAUAGCAGGAGAAAACCUGUGAAGAGAUAAACGGCCGUUUAGUUUCUGACCCGUUAGUUUGACACCGUCUGACUUAUUUCUUUCUUUCCUUCAUCCCCUUUGGAAUCAAACUGUCUAUCAUUGCAGAAAACGGAAAUGGGUAGCGCUAGUAACAGUAAGAAGGAAGUGAUUCGAUUGGAGCGUGAAGCGGUUAUCCCAAUUUUGAAGCCCAGACUCAUCAUGACUUUGGCUAAUCUUAUUGAGCACAGUUCUGAUCGGGCAGAGUUUUUGAAGCUUUGCAAGAGAGUUGAGUACACCAUUCGAGCAUGGUAUCUUCUUCAGUUUGAAGAUCUCAUGCAAUUAUAUUCCCUCUUUGAUCCUGUCCAAGGGGCACGAAAGUUGGAGCAGCAGAACCUAUCAUCACAAGAAAUUGAUGUUCUUGAACAGAAUUUUCUGUCAUAUAUGUUUAAGGUGAUGGAGAAGAGUAAUUUCAAGAUCUGCACUAAUGAGGAGAUUGAUGUUGCACAAUCUGGGCAGUAUCUUUUAAACCUUCCUAUCACAGUGGAUGAAUCAAAGAUUGAUAAAGAUCUUCUGAAGCGGUACUUUGCAGAACAUCACCAUGAUAACCUACCCGACUUUGCUGACAAGUAUGUGAUAUUCCGGAGAGGCAUUGGACUUGAUAAGACUACUGACUACUUUAUCAUGGAGAAAGUGGACAUGAUUAUCUCCCGUUUAUGGGGAUGGAUUAUGAGAAUAACAAGGAUAGAAAAGCUUUUUUCUAAAAAACCCAGUGCACGAGUUAUGAAUGAUCAAAAGAAAGAUGAUGAAAUUACAAAUGACCAAUAUCCAGAUGAUAUGUAUGUUGAAAGGGUCCGGAUUGAGAACUUAAAUAUCAGUUUACGGAGUUUGAUGAGUAAGAUCACAAUACAAGAACCUACAUUUGAUAGAAUCAUUGUCGUUUACAGACAAGCAAGCACCAAAGGAGAAAAGGAAAGGGGAAUCCAUGUGAAGCAUUUCAAAAACAUCCCAAUGGCAGAUAUGGAAUUAGUCCUACCGGAAAAGAAGAAUCCUAGUUUGACCCCUAUGGACUGGGUGAAAUUCCUCAUAUCUGCUGUUGUUGGGCUGGUAGCUGUUGUAGGUUCAAUUGAGACUCCUCAAGCUGACUUUUGGGUCAUGUUUGCCAUUCUCUCUGCAGUUGUUGGUUACUGUGCUAAAAUAUACUUCACGUUUCAAGCAAACAUGGUUGCAUAUCAGAGCCUAAUUACACAAUCCAUGUAUGACAAACAACUGGAUAGUGGAAAAGGCACUCUUCUUCAUUUGUGUGAUGAUGUGAUUCAACAAGAAGUAAAGGAGGUGAUAAUUUCUUUCUUUAUAUUGAUGGAACAAGGAAAAGCAACUUUAGAGGAUCUUGAUUUACAAUGUGAGGAACUAAUUAAAGAGGAGUUUGGUGCAACCUGCAACUUUGAUGUGGAUGAUGCAGUCCACAAGUUGGAAAGAAUGGGCAUUGUUGCUAGGGAUUCAAUUGGAAGGUAUUACUGUGUUGGGUUAAAACGUGCAAAUGAGAUCAUUGGCACAACCACAGAAGAGCUUGUACUAAAGGCCAGACAGGAGAAUGGUGCUUCAUGAUGUUUCAAGGCUAUUAAAGUAAAUUCUGCUAGUGUGUGUGUGUGGUGUGCAAUUCGUUUUUGUUAAAAGUCUUUUGAUUUUUACCGAUCGCAUGUAAAAUUUGUUGCAUUGCUUAGACAGUUGGAUACAUGAUUAAUUUUCAGGUUGUGAUGAUUUUUGUGUUUUAAACGUAUUUGAUGUACAACAUGGAUUCAUAUGUACAAUACACAUUGAAAUAAGGCCUCCUAAUGAUUUGAGUA